AAAGUAAAAAUUUCUUGUGUUCAAACAUGUCCACAAUUUCUCUGUUUCAUUUCAUUAAUUACUAAUUUAUUAUAGACUACCUACCAAAUAGGCUCACCAAAAAUAAAUAAAAAGUAGUAAUAAAUUACUACCAUUAUAGACCCCCAUACCCGACACCCCGCCCCCCACCAAAUUUCUCCAUUGAAGAUAUCACUCUGAUAUCUAGUAUUUUCUGCAUUUGAUCUGAUUGCAUUUGUGGCCUCCAACUUUAGGCGCGCACAAAAAGGAGAGAUCGGCGCGUAAAUAGGAAGAAGACUAUUAACGUUCCCAUACAGUCGCGAGGAUGGUGGGACCACAGAGGCCGCAGUUCGUUCUCUUCGGAUCCUCCAUUGUUCAGAUCAGUUACAGCAACGGCGGUUGGGGUGCCAUUCUCUCUGAAAUUUAUUCCCGCAAAGCAGACAUAUUAUUGCGAGGUUACUACGGUUGGAACUCCAGACGUGCUGUACAGGUCCUCGAUCAAGUGUUUCCAAAGGAUGCAACGGUUCAGCCCAUGUUGGUGAUUGUUUACUUUGGUGGUAACGAUUCGAUGGGACCUCAUUCGUCUGGAUUGGGUCCGCACGUACCUCUUCCAGAAUACAUCGAGAACAUGAGAAAAAUUGCAACUCAUCUCAAGGGUCUCUCGGAGAACAUUCGCAUAAUCUUUCUCAGUUGUCCACCUGUGGACGAGGCCAGAGUUCGUGAAAAUACAAGUUCAUAUUUCAGUGAGUUGGUUCGAACAAAUGAGUUGUGUCGACAGUAUUCCGAGGCCUGCAUAGAGCUGUGCAAAGAGAUGAAUCUGAAGUUUGUUGAUCUUUGGACAGCACUUCAGAAAAGAGAAGAUUGGUUGACCGCUUGUUUUACGGACGGGAUUCACUUAGCCGAGGAGGGGAGUAAAAUAGUCGUCGAAGAGAUCCUCAAAGUUUUGAAAGAAGCUGAAUGGACACCAAGUUUACACUGGAAAUCCAUGCCAACAGAAUUUUCUGAAGACUCACCUUGUGAUUUGGUUUUAGCUGAUGGUAAAACAACAAUAAACUCAUCUGAAUGGACUUACCAUAGACAAAUUCAAUGGGAUUAAAUUUAGUCGAGGUGCGCGCAAGCUGGCUCGGACACCACGGAAACAUACAUAAACGUGCCGUUUAACUUGGCUUCAACUUCCAUCGACGCUCUCCGAGCACAUUAACGUGUAUAAAGGUGAACAAGUAGGCACACGCGUCUUACGUGGGCGUCCUACGUGGCCGAUUCGUGUAUUAUGCCACCACACAGGAUGCGUGUGUCGACGUGUUCAACUUUAUAUUUUGCGUGUGCAUCAUAAGUUGGAGGUCGUAGAUGCGAGCUGCGGCCAAGUUAAAAGGACAUGUUUAUGUAUUACCUAUGAUUGCAGUUUUUACUUUAGUCUGCAAGAAGAUAUUCAUACUAUUUUUAUUUUUUUUAUUGAACUGCUAAUUUGUUAUUUCUUUAUUUAUGUGGAAUAACAUUCAAAUAUUUAUUAUUUGAGC